AUGGCACGGAAUUUUCAAACAGGCAGAGUGCCUGCAUUCACCUUCCUGCCAAUCCUGGCGUCCAUGAUCGUUGCCAUGCUGAUCGUGGUCAUCAUUGCAUCGGGAUCUCGGCCGGGAGUUGGAGACAAGAUGGCAUUCAUGAAGGUCGAUGCUACGAAUUUGAACAUUCCAGCAAAACUCGGCGGAUCCCAAUACCUGCAAGAUAUGUCCAAGGUUUCCGGCGCCGACCUCGUUGGCCAAGACGCGACAACGGCAACCCUUCAAAUCUCCAACAUAUACUAUGUCACCCUUCUCGGGGCCUGUGGUCACGGAAAUGGCGAGACAGUGUGCAGCUACCGUCGCAUCGGGUACUGGUUCGACCCUUGGAUCGAACUCAAAUUGGACGCGACCUCCAUUGCCGGAACGUUCUCCGAAAACCUCACCAAUGCCCUGAACAACUAUGCCAAGACGUCUUCCUUCUUUGGUGUCGCAUACAUCUUCGCGUUCGGUCUGUCGAUUCUCGCAUCGAUUGCCUCGGUGAUCAGCGGUCGGUUCGGAAGGGCUGGUAUCGCAGGCGCCGUCAUGUCUUCCACAGCUACCAUUUGUCUCCUGGCGGCGUCUGUUGCAGCGACCAUCAUCUUCAACAAAGUCGAAAGUGCGAUGAAUGAUGAGUUCAACAGGAUCGGCAUCUCUUCUGAGCUCGGCUUGCUUCUCGUCCCAACGUGGAUCGCCUUCGCCUUUUCCCUUCUUGCUUCCAUCCUGAUGAGCAUGAAGACUCGAAACGUCGUACCGGCUCGAGGCAUGAAGGGCCCAACGAGUGGCAUGGUCACUGGCCAACCCAAUGUCAUUCACGUCAAUGUUAAUGUCAACAAUGGACCAAGACCGUUGACUCUGUUGAAGCGCGUUCAGACUUGGGGUCAGCACAAGUAUACGCAAAUCGGAACCGCGGGUGGUCCAAAGUAUGGGCGCAGCAGAGCCGGUGGUGGAGAGUUCGACGACAAUACAGCUCUCAUUACCCAUAACGAGACUCCUGAUAUGGAUAAGAAUGUGCACGAGUCGUCGGGCAUUGCCAUGGUCCCUCUCGACCACAAGGGGAGCAAGGAUAUGAACAUGGCGUAUGAAUCGUAUACCGGCCGAGCGAUAUGA